UAGGUAAAUGCGUGCGAGGCCAGCAGUCGCAGUCAGGGGUAACAUGACUCAGACCGAGUCCACUUAGUCAGAGCUCUGUUGAAGUUGUUUUGUUCUGCGCAGGAGGGCAGGCCAGUGUGAUUCUGUGAAGUCAGCGCCCACGGGACGUUCAAAAGGAGCGCCCCCUGUUUCUGUUUAGCGACUUUUCUCUCCUACAUCCUCGUCUCUCCCAACACAUUCCCCUCACUUUCACUAGAAGUUGUAUUCACUUUGCAGCUCAUAACACGUUGAGCUGCUCAAAGGUUGCGUGAGCUAUUUUUUGCAACUAGCAGGACGUGCGCAGCUCAGUAGCGCCAGCUGUCAGAAAUGGCGCGCGCCACCUUCCUUGCCGUGCUGGCGCUUCUCGCCGUCGCGACCCCCGCCGCGCACGCGUGCUUCACCGGGUACUCCACCAAUUGCAAGAAUGCAACGACCAACACGAACGUCGUGAUCGGCCAGAAGUGCUUCAUCAACACCAACGGGUUCGGGGUGAAGCACUACCCCACGGACAUCAAGAGCUGCGCGGGAGUCACGGUCAAGUGCUUCCAGAGCGCGUACAGCAACGGCGCGUGCGGGACCGUGGAGCCGGCCAACUACGCGUGCGGCGUCUGUGACAUCAUCAACAACAAGGUGGCGGUCUACUGUGUGGCGGCGUCCAGGAACGACGACUCCACGUGGUACUUUGGGAACACCGGCAGUGUCAACACCUGGAAGGACAACACGCCCUCGUGCGUGAACCCCAUGACCUACGAUGCCAACGGCAUCUGCGGUGACCCUCACUUCGCUGCCCCUGGUGGCAUCUUCUUUGACUGGCACGGUGUUAGGGACGAGACCUUCAGCAUCGUCUCUGACUCCCACCUCCAGGUUAACGGCCACCUUGUUGGAGAGCGCCUUGACUCCGAUCUGGUCGAGCAUGGUACCUGGUUCCAGGAGCUGUCCCUGGGCUACUUGAACGAGAAGAACGGCGAGACGCACUUCGUGAGCGUUGGCACCGAUGAGGACAAGGAAUUUGAGAGCGCCGACACCUUCUACUUCACCUACGACGGCGAGGACAUCCCGGCCGGAUCUGGCAGUGGAGUGUACACGUGGCAGUCUCCUGACGAGAUGGUGACCAUCACCCGCGAGCCCCAUGCGCGCACUGAGGUCCGCGUGCAGAUCGAGGGCAUCGUCGACGCGGUGAUCCAUACCCGCCUGGAGAGCAGGAUCCAGCUGGAGCCCCUCGGCAAGUACCUGGACCUGGAGCUCAAGGACGUGAACCUGACGCGCCACGUGCACGGCGUGCUGGGCCAGAUGUUCCGCCCCGACAUCCAGCAGCGCAAGGCCGCGGCCGGCGCUGACGUCAGCAGCCACGAGUUCCUCGUCGAGGGCGCCACCGGGGACUACCGCGUGUCCAGCCUGACGUCAUACGACAGCAUGUUCAACCAGUUCAACGACCGGUCGGGGGUCGCCGUUAACAGUGUCAAGUUCGUCGACGCGCCCGUCGUCAGGAAGCUCAUGCGGAGCGUCGAUCCUGAGGAGAAGGGGUCGUUCUCUCUAGCGUGCACUCAGGAGUCUGGCAAGCUAGUCUGCGGUUAAGCGCUAGCUAGAAAUUUAAAUGCUCGCCGGCAAGAUAGUGAGCUGGUACAGGUUUAAGAAGGUCGUCGGAACGGGUAAAAGUAGGCAGCAUCAUUGCGCCUCCAUUCUUUUCACUGACACCAAUUGAAGUCGACCGCGAAGCCAAAGCCAGAAAAGCACUAGUCCGGUCUUUUCAAGAGUCGAGACAUGAAACAGAUGACAAUGGACAACACAAGAAGUGAUGUGAACUAGGAAUUGACGAUGCUCGAGAAAGCAUCUCGAGCAUCUUAAUCCCUCAGAACAAUGCUCCGCCCAAACAGAUAAUAUCAGUCAAACAUUCAAAUACUUAUACGUUCCGAACUUUCCAAGGGUUUUCGCAUCGAACGUGUGCAAGCACGUUCUAGAGGCUUGGCAUGCAUAUGUCAUGCACAUGUUGAUUGAUACAACGAGACUCAAAACGAUAGCUCGCGCGGCAGACCAUCUUGCCCAGUUGCGAUUAUGACG